AUGGUUCUCGAAACAAUCUACGUUACCAGACACGGCUUUCGCUCUAACUGGGUGGUUGACCCUACUACUGGCACAUACACAAGCAACCUUCCCACACCCACUGGCAUUGCUUCAGAUCCUGCACUGGCAGCUCAUGGCGUGAACCAAUCCAAGGAACUGGCCGAACACAUCUCCAAGCUGGAUCCUCCUGUCGAUGUCAUCUACAGCUCUCCUUUCUACCGCUGCUUACAAACUCUGGCACCUACUGUGACCAAACUCAACUCUACCCGUCCCGAAGACAAGAAGCUCCAAGUGCACGUCGAGAACGGAGUCGGCGAAUUCUACGGUCUUGCUCGCUUUGACCACCCUUCACCUGCUACUCUUGAUGUCCUUCACACGCACUUCCCUGGUGGCCUUGCCGAGGCUUACGUUCCUGUCAUUCGCCCCAGCGUCAAUGGCGAGAGUCUGACUUCUCUUCACGACCGUAUUGCAUACGCCCUCUACCACGUCAUUCAGAAGCUCGACCAGGACCCUUCCGGACCCAAGACACUACUCAUCUGCACACACGCCGCCAGCAUGAUCUGCAUUGGCCGCGCUCUGACUGGACGUAUGCCUGAAGAUCCUAGCGAAGAAGAUUUCAAGUGCUUUACCUGUUCGUUAUCAAAGUUCACUCGCCGCAACAUCCCCGAAGCUCCCGUCGAGAAGCAACACAUCUGGACACUGGACGAACCCGAGAACAUUCCCUUUGUCGACUGGAAAGGUAAGGGUGUCAAGGGUGGUUGGGACUGCGAGGUCAAUGGUGACUGUUCCUUCCUCGAGAAGGGCGAAGAACGUGGCUGGAACUGGUGGUUCGAGCCUGGUCUUGACUACUUGGCACCAAAGGUCACUGUCGCAACGUACGGUGCUGGCGGUGCCAACAUUGUCUAG